GCUGCAAGUUUCACUGCGGGAGAGAGAUUUGAAAUUGCGUGGGGGAGCAGUUCGCUGAAUUCUCCAUGGAGGCAAGCAUUUGGCAUGCGAGGACUCCAGCGGUGGCAGCUCCUAAAACACCAGCCACGACGAAAAAAAAGUUGAAGUGAAAGUCAACGCAGUGAUCAGGUUAUAAGACUUUCGACUUGCAUUACGUUCUCGACUAUCGGCAUCAUUGUUGUGAAGAAUUGUUGUACCUAUGCGCUUACUUCUCGGGAUAUUUCCCAUGCUGGUGGUGUUGCCAUGUUUAAAUUGAUAACACCAGGCGUGUCAGGUAUAUUAAACGAGUACUGUAGCGUGCGCCGCAUUUCGAAAUGAUGCCUUGGCUACUCGCAAAUUACUGACACAAGGUCAGAUAACAUCAGCGGUGACAUCGGUGACAUCAUCAGUGUUCAGGAGAGACUCAAUCGGUGCGGAUCGAUUAAAGAAAACGAGCAUCGUAUAAUCAGCUGAUUUUUGUUUACAUUUGAAAGCCCCAGUGUAGAAGUGAGAGUUAAAUCGCACCCAACGACUCCAUUGCAACUUGCACUUUUUCCACGUUUUCCCACUUUGAAGUGAAUGUUCCCCGAGUGUAAUUUGACCGCAGUAAGCUGGACUUAUACAUCCUGUGACCUGCGACUCGGGUAAGGUUUUAAAAAAGACUUUUCAAAACAGGAAAGUCUUUAUCCACCAAUUAAGCAGAGAAUUUAACUACUGUAUCAGUGAAGGAUAAGGUUGCCUACAGGAUUUUCUGUGGAAGGUGACUUCCUAAACUCAUUUUUAAAAUGGCCACAUCAAUGCCCUCACAGGCAGCAGGAUCUUCCACUACUUUAGUGGAGCCUGAUACCCCACAUCUCGGUGCAGAGGAACAGGUUUCCAGUGGGGUAGUAAGAUUGAGACUUCACAAACCUAGGAGGAAGAAAGUUAGCUGGACUAAUGACACAAUUGAUAAUGAAAAUAUGGGCAAAAAGAAAUCAAAAUGCUGUUGUGUGUAUGUUAAACCCCAUGAAUACAAUGAAAGUAGCUCAGACACGGAUGAUGAGUGUGAACAUUGUUCAGGACACACUGAAAAAAAGAAGAUUCAUAAGCAAUCAAAAGAUCCUCAGGAUAAUAUUGAUUUGUUGGAGAAGUAAAGGAAGAUAUGAUGGAACUGUUUGCUGUAAUUCAUUUGAAUUCAUGCUUUCUCCAUAUCCAUGUUUUACCUAUAUGUAAGAAGGAAGAAGUGUACAUACCAGUGAGGUUCACUGGGUUCAUGUAAAAAGUUUGAAUGUUGAAUCAUAGAUAAUUUUCAUAUAAACAAUUUAUGUGUGAAAUUUCUGAUUAUUUCUUAAUUGUAGAAUAGGAAUGAAUAAUUUAUUAAUUUAGAGGUUCUAGUAUGUACUGAAGUUUUUUUUUUUUUUUUAUAUUUACAACAUAUUUGCACCAAAGUUGUGUUGAUUAAAGUCAAAGCCUGUACUUUACUACUAAAUGAGUUCAAAAGAAUAUUUGUUUAUGUUCUCUGAGGGUAAUCUCAUAUAGUAGGAUGGUCCCGAGAAAGCACUGUAUAUUUAAUGCAUCUUCUUGCGUUACUUUUUUCUAAACUUCUCUGGGAAUGAAGGAAUGUUAAAUCAUUAACUUGUUUUGUUGAUUUUCGGAUGGGUGCUAUUGUUCUUGUAAAAUUCAGUCCUUUUGUAUCGGGUAUGUUUUCCAUUGGGAAUCCAGUUACUUCUCCUUUGAAACUCAUAUUUUGCUGGCGUUUUAUAUCGGAACAGUGAUUGCUCCUAGUGCUUUGGCUUCCAUCCACACAGCUAUUGAAAUAAUUCUCUGUGUUUUCUUCAGCACAACGGUAAAGUUUUCUAGGUUAACUGUACUGGUCUCAACCUUUCUGAUGCGCAUCACCCGUGCAUAGCUUAACUUUCUCGAGGGCACUUUUCCAGAUGACAAAUUUUGACCUUUUGCAUUUUUCUUCAUUAGACGAUUUGCUUCUUAGCGCUGCUGGAAGGCUGAUGCCAGUUAAGUGCCUCUGUAAUGAAUCGUUCAUUAUGGAAUUGAUAGUAAUAAUGCAACUUGUUCAGUUGUGUUGAUGAUAUAACUGUACAAAGAGGUUAGUUGUAGCCAACUGGCGCAGAUGUACAGAGACAAAAUGCAAAAUAUUGGCCUUGACAUUUCAGUGUUACAUGACUUCCUUGUGAAUAUAAUUUGAUUGGUAGUUAUAUGAGUAGCAAUCCUGACUCCAUGAAAUAUGAUGAUUGUUAUCAUGCAUUUUUCCAUAUUUGCUGACAAUUGUGAAUACACCUGUAACUAUUUCACUCAAAGUCAUGCAUUUUUCUUAUACAUUGGUAGCAUCUUAUAAAGCAUUUGACUUUUGACAUUGACAUUGCAACUUAACUCUCAAAUAUUCGAAUUUUUAUUUAAAUCUGUAGAAAUAUAGGAUGACUAUUACUCUGAAAUAUGAAGAUUGUAGUCAUAAAUAUUUUAUAUAAAAACACAGGAAUAUUUCAACUGUAAUUAGUAGUAUUGUCAUAGUAAGACAUUUAUGAUGGUAGCCGAAAUUCUGCCCCAUAAAUCAGUUUAAUCCAGUGUUUCAUUGUUUCUUGUUUUUAUUGUGUUGUUUAGCAAAGAGUAAACGUAGCUUUAAUUAAGAUAGUAGUCAUAUUGUGAAUGUAUGUGUGGAAGAUGAAUGAAUGUUUAGUACUGAAUGUAAACUGUAUACCUAAAACAUGUUUUUGAAAGUGGUAUCACCCCAACAUAUUUACUCAGUAUCAUCAAGAGUGAUGUCUCCAGCUUAGGUUUUUCAAGUAUAUCAUCAUCCCAGCAUGCAUAGCCUCUGUGUUCAUAUAUGCGUUUGUUUCCCACAGCUCAGAAGUCUCUACAUGUCGUCCUAAAGCCUUGAGAAGUUUCCGAUGUAUGUUACAAAAUUGAUGUGAAAGACUUGAACUAUGUGAACUGCAAACGUUGAGAAAUGGGGAUUUGAAAGCUGUAUGGUCUAAGUGCAUAACAUUUUCCUUUUUUUUUGUUUUUGUUCUGUUUAGACUACGGUUUAUAUUGCAAUUUUAAUAAAAAUUAGUCGCUAGACCUUGUCGAUGAAGUUUACUUGGGGAUUGUAAUGUAAUGUUGUAAGUUUGUCAUUCGAAAGUAUUUAUUGUACUGUAUAUCAAUAAAGAAUCUGCUGAAUAGUUUUCUAGGAAUGCUUUGUUUUUUGGUAAAUAUAGUGCCAACUGAAUUUAUGUAUCAUGCCAGUGACAUCAAACUCCUGAAUAAUGAAUCUCUCUCAUACAUAAGAGUGAACUAAAUAAUUUGUGUUCUCAGACAUUCCAUCUUUACUCUCGGUCGAUAGUAUGUAUUAGUAGCCUUCUUUCCAGGAGGGAAAUUCUUCUAAAUGCAGUAGUUACAAACUUAGUCUUUUUACUUAUUGUGAAAUGUGAUUUUGCAAAGGAUAUCUCACUAUCAGUUGAGGUGUACAGAUUUUAAUGAAAAUAAUUGGGUCGGGUAUGCAAAACAAAAUUUGUUUAAACAGAUUUGUAUUUUUGGUUGCUGAUUUGCUUAGAAUAUUUAUACUGGGCAACAAAUGAGCUGGAAAAAGAGAAGGAAGGGGUAUUUUGAUAUCUUUAUGUAGCUACAGACAAGUAUACAGAUUUUUUAACUGACUGGGAACCAGUUGUUUUGCUUUGUCAUAUCUAGUUACAGUGCUUGCAUCAAUGUACAAAAGGAAAUGUAAAUUAAGCAAGGAACUUUCAUAUAAACUGCAAACAUAAAUGGGAAAUGAGAAUUCAGUGUCUGAUCAUAGUAAGCCAAAGGAGCAGGCGUGGAGCCAAUUCCUGAACAUGCAAAGCAGAGAAAAGUUGUGUAAAACACACUGAUAAAACAUAACUGCAGAAAAAAGAUGAAAAUGAAUAUAAAUAUGGCAAAAGAAGAAAAUGAUGGGAUGUUGGUGAAAAGCACAAACAGCAUACGUAAUCCUGAGAGAACUAUUAAGUGAAGAUGUUCAAUCUUGAAAGUUGCAAUGAAAACAGGAAUAGAUGAAGCACCAUAUACAAUCUGAGCAAGCCCCUGUGGCCUCUCAGUCAUGAAAAAUAUCAGUUUGUUUGACUAGAGUUUGUUGUACGGGAGAAACAAAAUCUAUUAUUGAUUUGUUGCAGUAAACAUAUGUAGUUAAAACUUCCUGGUGACUUCCAGAUAAUUAGCAUUUGUAAUUUUUCUUCACUAUCUUUUAAAAGAUGGGUUUUUUAAAGAAUCAGUCCAAAAUAUGUAUUAUCUGUAGAUUCGUGUAAUGUAAUUCAGUGGCAGGAUAUCGGGUUCUUAUUGUAUCGAGUAGAACAGUAAUAGAUUUGUGUGGGCCCAAGGAAUCUAUCAUAAUGCUUGUAGGUUCCCUCUAUUUUUGAAGUAGCAGUGGACUUCCAACAUUCUGCAGCAUUAGCAUUCAAAUCAUUAGUAUAAUCUUCAGACAUCCCCUAGCUCAUGCAUCACUUCUGUAACUAAAGAAUUUCAAACAUUUAGAAUGCUCAAAGAGAAUCUGAUAAAGAGGCUUUUCAAGAAACUCAUUUAGUAGAAUUCUCUUUGAAUAAUUAGCAAUAAACAACCACCCUUCCUUUACAAAUGGUGACAUGUGGUAGACCUCACAAUUUCCCCACAUUGUAUUCUUGAAGGAAGAAAAAGGCCUGGGUACCCUUAUUACGUAUACAAUUGCCAGUGCAUUUAUUAUCUUGCAGUGCAGGCUUGAAGUGUCAUCAUGGAAGGAGGUUUAUUUCUUUUAGGUCAAAGUUAAAACUGUAUCCCUUAAACUUAGUAAGUUCAUGAGAACUCUGUGACUGGUAGGCAGUUGUUCUGUGUCUGUUAGGCAGUUUUGUGAUAAGAUCUUGUACUUACUCGGCUUUUCCGGUUACCAGUUAUGUGAAAUAAUUACUUAACCAUUUGAUUUUCAUUAAGAGGAAUUAGUAGAUGCAAAAUCCAGAGUUGUUAUUAAGUUGUUAUCCCAUUUUAUUUUAACCAAGAGUGUGUUGAGGCUUUCUUCUCCCAUUAAUUAGGUUUUUGAGGUCAUAUCUAAGAAAAGGAAACUUGUGUGUUUACAUCAUUCCAUCUGCAGGUUCUCUGUUGAUAUCAGUGAUUGGAAGCACUAGUCAUUUGCUUUUGGUCAGUGUACCAUACAUUGACUAUGGGUAACUGCUUGAAGUAGAGCAUAUGCACCAUUAUUUUCCUCACUUCUGUGAUCUUUUAGAGACAGAAGAGCGUACUUCUCACUAUACUUUGUAUUAAAUUGAUGUGCCUUGCCAUAAAGAGCAUCUUAAAUAGUAAGGUAAAUGACAGAUGACAUCAUGUCUGUAUGGUGAAAAUGGUUGUAUGUAUUGUGGUGCUGUGGUAUACACACACAGGUGAUUUUGUUAUAAUGAAGAUGGCACAGAUUCUUGCUGCCUCUGCAGCUUUACUUGCUGGCCAUCACGUUUGCUACUUCUGUAGCCUUUAGUUGAGCCCAAGUCUUAUCAAUAUUAUUAUAUGAAAUUAGUGUAAUGAAACAUAAUGUCACGUUUCUAGACGUAAGGCCCAUCAAACAAUUUUUUCAUGUGAGAAAUGAAAAUCGAAGCAAGGAACAUUUCAAGAAGUUGGGCAGUUGGGUGGGAAGACAACAAAGGGAAAGGUUGAAAAGUAAAAGGCAGAACACUGCAGCUAGGUCUGAAGUGACAUUGCAAAGAACGUAUGUUACCAUAUGCAGUGUGCCAUGCAAGGCGCACAGUUGCCUUCCAACAGGAUUCCAAUCAUUAAGUUCUGGCAUUUAACAUUUCAAUUCGAGCAAUCCUUUUUGUCUUAGUAAAGACAUCAGUAUUUUCCUUGCAUACAUGAAGCGAUGUGCUGUACUAUACUGCAUUUCAGUACUUAAUGGUUUAUAUUUGUUUUGGAAUGAAUUUAUAAAACAACAAUUUUGAUGUUUUUUCCAAUAUACUAAUCCAUAUUUCACGUAGUGUACCGUCUUCCAUCCUUAUAGGUCAUAGUCAUGUGACAGUAUAUGAGGGGGUUAUUUGUCCUUCACUCUUUGGGCCAGCUCAUUCUCACUUGUUGAUUUUGGUUAGUUGCCUCACAAUGGUUAUCGAGAUUGAAAUGUUUUUUGUUUUCAGCUAGACACACAUGAAGUUACUUUACGUUGCAAUUAGUAUGUUAGGAAACCAGAAUUAUUUAAGAAUUGUGUUUUUUCCAGAGGUAAAGGGUUGUGAACCUUUGAGACAGGACUUGAUGUCAGGUAAUAUCAAGCAGUGAAUGGAUGGAACUGAACUUGAUCAGAGAUAAUGAUGGAGUUGUCUCGCAAAUAACACGGAAUGCUACGAAAUUUUGGCUGGUAGUUUUGUUUGUAGAUAGCAGGGGAUGGAACACUUCCUCCACUUUUAGCUUGCUUGAGCAUUUUUUAAAAUAUUGGACUAACUACCUUUUACAGUUUGAAGGAAAAAUAUUUUUAUCUUCGUGUUUUUGACAUCACAGUUCCCUUGUUUUGUCUCUACUUCCUUUCAAGAAUCUGACAAUUUGAUGGAUAUUGCAAAGCAUAUAUGGUAAAAAUGCUAAGAAUGGCAUUGUGUUUGUAUUUGCAUUUAUGAAAGAACCAAAAAAGCAGUAGAGUUCCCUUUUUGUUUCUUGAAGUUGUUUACUACAGUGCAGCCAUGAAUAUAUAGUUGUUUCAGCUCUGUAAAAACUCCUUGAACCUUCCAAAAUCAUUUGUUGAGCCACUGCAUCCAAUUUGACAGUUAAUAGUUAUCUGUAGUAUGAAUUAUUUUGUCUUGUGAUUUAUUGAGUUUCUUUUUUUUUAUUUCACAAAUGUUAAACAUCCUUUGCUAAAUAUGUUUUAUCUUCAUUGCUUUAUAUUUAUCAAAAACAUUUACUAAAGGAUUCAUAAUACGUACCUUUAUUAAUGUUUUUCUUUUAUUUUUGUGAAAAUAACAAAUUUUAAAACUA